UGAAUCAACAGAUAGAUAAGCAGUAUUUUUAUUUUGUUGAGUUCGAGUUGUUGCUUUUUCGUGUGUGACUGUGAAAGUCUUUUACGGACUGCGAAAUAAAUUAUUUCCAUUUUAAUUUUAAUAUCAGCACAAAAAUCAAGUCACAAACAAAUAUAUAUACACACAUAUGUAUGUGAGUUGUACACAUAAAUACGAAACGUAAACAAAAGUUUAAACAAAAUAUCCAAUUAACUUUUAUGAGCAAAAUUUAUUUAAUUUCAUAAAAACGCAUCGGGUAGACAGAGAAAUUAAAUAAUAAAAUUAUAUAUUUUCUUUCUUGCACGAUUCUACGCUGAGUCUGUGCUUGGUUUUGGUGUUCGGGGAGUUGUGCUUCUUCCGAUUCCGAUACGAAUCCGAAUUCGAAUCCGACAAAUGCGAGAAUAGUGAUUCUGUUGGUGUUUUUUGAUUUCUGAUAUCUGAUUAGUGUUUUCGAUUUCAGUACUCUCUGUUUUUAGUGCCAAAAGUUUAGUAUUGUGUGCGCUGUGCUGUGCAGUGAGCGGUUCGAUGGUGUAAGCAGCCGAUUAGGAGACCUCGGUGCUUGUUGGUUUUGAUAGCGAAUUAUUUGCGUUUGCGAUAAGAAGACACCUUCUCGUUCUUAUAGCGUGUGUGCUCAGUUUUUGUUUUUAUUUUAAAUGAAUCGACCUCUGACUCUGAUUCAGAUUUAUAUAUGUAUGAGUAUCUAGUUGAUGGUAGAAUGCAAUUAAAGUUAAAAAGCGGUACAACUCGGUGAAAUUGAAGACGUCAGUUUUUUUUUAAAAAGCACGUCUCUACAUUUGUCUUCUUUUUGUUGUGUUUUGUUUAGUUUUAAUUCAACAAAUUUUCUCCUUCUGCCUUUUUGCUGUCCCAAAUUACACACAUACGCGUAUAGUAUACAUACCUAUCUAUUUAUUUAAAUUUUUGUUUUUAAAUCGCAGUGAAAUCUGCUAGCGGUGAGUUGGUCUGUGACUGGUGACUGUGCACGCGUUUCGAAUACAAAAUAUCGGUAAUUGUGGGCCUUGCUCACGGAUGAAUGGUGUUGUUUUCAAUUAAUACUAUUAUUACUGUCAUCAUUAAUAUUUAACGUGAUUCGGUGUUGUGUUUUUACUUUUGACUCGAAUGGGGCAAGUACGCAAAGUACUCGCAUCAGGUCGUACCUAGAGUAUAGGCAGGCAGCACCUAUUGCAAGGCAGCCGCAGCACGCGCAUCAACAAAGUACAUAUUGUCAUAUUUUGAAUUCAACAAGUGGCCAUUUGGUGAAACAGUAACACUUUUUAUUAUUAGCUUGGAGCAGCGCUUCUCAUAUUGUUGUUUAUUGUAAUCAUCUGGCUUGGGCAAGCAAUAAAUUGUCAAUACCUACUACCUAUAUAAGACAAGACGAAGAGAGCUUAUCUGCUACCCCUGUGUUUUCUUCGUUAUCGUUUGUCGUUGUCGUUGUCGUUUUCGCUGCCGCUGUCGGUGUCGUUGUCGGUAUCGCUGUCACUGAGUCGGUCGUCAUCGUCACUAUCUAUAAGCUUAUAAGUUACAUACAACACUAUUGAGGCGACAAAGUCUACGGAAAGACGCAAUCUUCAGCUAUUGUUAUGGAUUCUGUAUACCCCCUGGAGAACGUAGCAUGACUUGACGUUGACGUUGCCGCUGCUUAAUAAAAGAACCUUCAUGCGUCCUUGAUUGAAUUGUUUAUUGAAAGUUACCGUUGCUGAAAUAUCCAGCCAAGAAGCACACAUCCUUUUCAUCGAUGUGAACAAUAACAUUGCAAAAUUUGAAUGGAAAAAAAAUCUGAUAAUUCAAUUUUUGACAUUUUACAUAAGAAAAAAUACUAUGGAAUUAUAGUGCUUCGCAAGUUUAAAACGAAAAAAAAUGCUCCUUAAAUUCUAUUCCCGAAAAAUCACAAUUACUGGUUUAAAAAAUCCCAUGUAUCCAAGAGUGGAUGAAAAUAUUAAGACAAUUUAAGGAGCCAAACUAAAUCCGAGAUACAUAUUUUGUUUGGUAUUGGGCUUUGAAGAUAUAAACACUUUCGUUGCUCAACUCAAGGACCAAAACGGCAAACUCUGUCGUCAAAUUUAAAGAAAAAAAAAACAAGAGAAUUUUCAUAAAAUAUGGAAUAUCAUUAUCGUUAUGAAAAUUAGAUGCAAAGUGUGACAAAGGACACAAGCAAGGAAACUCAGCAUCAUCACUCUUGGAGUAUACAUAGCAUCGCCUCUUCCGCAUUGCAACUUAAAUCUGUGUGUCAUGGGUUGUGCGCCGAGUUUUUUGUCAGACCAAAAGGAUGGCAAUAUCUUGUUUUGCAUUAACUUCCGUCGGACACGGAGGAGAUGUAGUCUCCAAAAUGGCAAUGACGGGCUUCACAAUGAUGAUUUGAAUAAUACGAAUUUUUGCAACCAGUCCCUGUUGAAUCCAAUGCAAACAAAAAAUGAGUCUGAUUAUGAUAAGAUAAGUAGUGGAAAGAAAGAUUCCAUAGUAACUGUAGCGGCGCUAGGGAAUUUAGCAGGAUUCAACACAAUUCAUACAGUGGUCCGGAGAACAACAGGAAGUACUGGAACAUCGAGUUCGUCAGGGAGGCUUGGGCAUAGGAAGUCGUCUCUGGCACUGACUCCGGAGGAUGAAUCAAUGGAUAUAAACAACCAGAAAUCUGUAAUGGAUCUAAAAUAUCCAACUGUCUUACCUCCGAAUCCUCAACUUAAGGCCUUAUUAGUUUUCCACAAGAUAGACAAUGUAUGUGAUGUCUUCACGACUGCCUGCCAUCGACAGCAGUUGGAAGUGACGUUAGUCAAGUCAAAGGAGCUGGCUCUUGACACACUACAAAACAAUUCCAACACGGACAACUAUCAUCUGAUAAUCAUUGACGCCCGCUCAUCAAAGUACCUGGAUGCUGAAUACAUAACUAGGUCAAUACGACACACAACUGGUUAUCAUUUUACGACAAUAAUAGCUGUGGUGAAAAAAAGUUUUUUUGACAAGGAUGAGCUACCAUUAAUUGCACUUUUAGACGCUGGCGUAAAUCGGUGCAUUGCUGAAACAACAAGUGUGCCUAUUUGUUGCACGGAACUGAAGCAGAUUCUUCAUUCGAUAGUUAGACCACACAAUGUUAUGUCUACGCAACAGGCAUUGUACACCGCUUUGCAUCGACUCAAGGAAGUUCUGAUAAUCACAGAUGAUGUCCUUAGAAUACAAUAUGCUAACAAGUCAGCUGAACGACUGCUCAACAUGCGUUUGGACGAAAUCAUAAGUAAACCGCUGGCGGAUAUUUUCGUUUCGGAUGUUUCAUCAAUAAGCACACAAGGCAAGAACAUCAAGGAGUUUGACGGGAUCCUGACAGUUAAGAGAAAAGGACACGACGGCAUACCCAUGCACGUGCGUGUAGUGCCAGUGGCUUGCAUAGGCAGGCAACCAACACAUUAUGUUUUUAAUUUUGAUGUUCCUGGAGGACAGACAGAUUUUAUUGCUUCAUUGCCACAGCCUAAGGAGGCACCAAGGGGAUCGCUUCAUUCGAUUCGAAGGGGAAGUUUCGAUGUGCGUUCGGUAGCCUCAGAUGGCUUACGCCGGACCAGUUUGGCCAAGCUCACUUCUCUGCCGUUAGAGGCACCAAUAACAAAAAUUAUUAAUCUACUCUCACAAGUACAGGAGAAUUGCUCAUCGGAUGAAGCAAAGCUCAUCGAUAAGGUGAUGGAGUUCCUUAAACGCGAAGGCUUAUACAGCCCUCAAAUGAAAGAAAUAAGGACUGAGGAUCCAAUAGCAACUGAUUUGAUUGGUGCUUUGUUAACGGGUCCUAACAUAUACUCGUCAAGAAGAAGCUCAAAUGACUCUAUAAUUAGGACAUCAAGCAGUCGGCCAUCAGGAAUCUUACCAGCCAAGAUGAAGGCUACACCCCUCAUCAUGGAACUUCUCGAAGAAUCUCUUUCGUGGGAAUUUGAUAUUUUCAAAUUGGAGGAAAUCACCGAACACCGGCCUCUAUUGUAUUUGGGCAUGGAAAUGUUCCGGCGGUUUGAUGUGUUUGCCACAUUUAAUGUUGAGGAGAAUGUGUUCAAGACUUGGCUAGCGGUUAUAGAGGCUCAUUAUCAUUCACAAAAUACAUAUCACAACAGUACACAUGCAGCUGAUGUAAUGCAAGCGACUGGAGCAUUUAUGACCCAAUUAGCAGCUAAAGAAAUGGUGAUGGAUCGAAUGGAUGAAGCUACAGCAUUAAUUGCAUCCGCAGCCCAUGACAUUGAUCAUCCAGGAAGAUCCUCAGCUUUCCUAUGUAACUCAAAUAGUCCACUGGCCAUAAUGUAUAAUGAUUUAACAGUACUGGAAUCGCAUCAUGCGGCAACUACUUUUAAAUUAACUUUAGGUGAUGAUAAAAUAAAUAUUUUUAAGAACUUAGACAAGGAUACUUAUAAAUCUGUGAGAAGUGUUAUCAUCGAUAUGAUUCUAGCAACUGAAAUGACACGGCACUUUGAAAAUUUAGCAAAAUUUGUGAGUGUUUUUGGAGCAGAUGUGGAACCAAAAGAUAUAGUACAAUCGGAAGAUGAUAGUCAGCUUCUUAUAAGACGGAUGCUUAUCAAAGUAGCCGAUGUAAGUAAUCCUGCGAGACCGCUCAGCUAUUGUGUGGAAUGGGCACGCCGAAUAGCCGAAGAGUAUUUUAUGCAAACCGAUGAGGAAAAAGCUAAUUCACUGCCAAUCGUUAUGCCCAUGUUUGAUCGUGCGACAUGCAGUAUACCUAAAAGUCAAAUAGGAUUCAUAGAAUUUAUAAUUCAGGAUAUGAUACACGCUUGGGAUAGUUUCAUUGACAUGCCACAUCUCAUCACUCAUAUGCAACAGAACUAUACCCAAUGGAAAAAGUUCGAAGAACAGGGUGUCCACACAUUGGCUGACAUAAAGACUAAACAAGUGACGUUGAACUCAAAAACGGGAGUUCCAGUUUGUAAAUAACAUAAGGCAAUUCGAAGGCUCUUUGCAGGCUUUCUUUCGCCCCAACAAGUGCAACCUCAUUGUCCAUUAUCAUAUGGGGGCAAGAAUUAGAAUAAAUUUUGAUAUUUGUAAACGAAAUCUGAAUGAUUAGGAUUUUGAAAUGCUUGAUGCACUUUCCGAAGUAAAAUAUGAACGAGAUUUUGAAAUAAAGGUAUGUACUUUGUACAUAAACUCUGGUACGUCAAAUUUUAUGUUUUGACACGAGAAGAUUGUCAUACAAUAACACAGAAAUUCCAAGAAUUCUGUAAAUCAGUUAAAAAAUGUUAAACCUUAAAACUUAAAACAACAAUCUAAAUAAAACUCAUCUGUACUUAUUUGGUGCAUUAUCUUGAGGUUUCAAACAUUCACUACAUUUUUCAUGUUAUGUUAAAUUAAAUUCAAAAACUUCCAGGAGUUGAGUGACUAUACAAAAUACAAUUUUCUUUUUCUACUUAUAAGCAAAAUAUGAUGAUCACUAUCUUAUGUCUAAUCUUAGUUAAAUUUCUACAAAAACAAAAAAGAAAAAAACAAUCAAUUGUAUAUUUUUUACUUUAUAAAUAUUUAAUACCUUACUAUAGACUUCUACGUAUUCUAAGUGUAGCUAUGCUGGUCAUAGCGUCUUUUUAUUCUAUUUAAAUAAAAAUAGAACAUAUUAUAAUAAUGAAUAAUUGUAUAUCAAAUGGAAAACAGUAAUAAAUUACAACAAAUGUACCUAUUUAGAAAAAUUUAACUUUAAAAAUACAAAAUAUAUACUUAUAUAUAUUUCAAUAAAAAGAAAAACAUAUUAUUAUAUAAAUGUAUACUUCUGUAAUAAUUUAUAACAUAUCAUCAUUAUAUAGAAAUACAUAUUUGUGAGGAAAAACCAA